UGACCGGAUGGGAAGGGGUCAAGUUAGAUAAAUGCAGCUCUCUUCCUAAAUGCAAAAAGUCAUUCACAAGCUCUCUUGCAAAUGUCUUAUUUUGUCCUAGAAUUCCAUUUAUCACUGAUUUGUUUUCUUAGCUCAUGAAUUUCCCUGUUUGCCAAAGCAAGUAGCGUGGAUUCUGGCUACAAGCAAGGUUUUCAUGUACCCGGAGCUCCUUCCAGUGUGUGCCCUGAAGGCAAACAAUCCCCAGGACAAGAUCUUCUUCACCAAGGCAGAGGACAACCUGUUAGCUUUGGGACUGAAGCAUUUUGAAGGAACCGAUUUUCCUAAGCCUCUAAUCAGCAAGUACCUUCUAACCUGCAAGACUGCCCACCAGCUGACGGUGAGAAUCAAGAACCUCAACAUGAACAGAGCCCGCGACAAUAUCAUCAAGGUGAGUGCUUCCUGCUGCCCUCCUCACCUCCCCUGUCUGUGCCCACCCUCACUCCUCCUCUGACUCUCAGUGGGGAGG